AUGACAAAUGAGAAUAACUCGGAGAAACGAAAUUCAAAGAAAACAAAACACAAACUUUUUAAACCUAGAAAAAAAAAGGGUGUUGAAGAGGAUUCUGCUAUACAAUAUUUACAGAGCCAAUAUGAUAAAAUAAUUCCUGAAGAUAUUAAAUCUUUUAAAGACUUGCCACUGUCGCAAAAAACAUUGAGAGGAUUAAAAGAUAAUAAUUACAUAGCUCCUACAGAUAUUCAAAGACAGGCCAUAGGAUAUGCUUUACAAGGUAAAGAUAUUUUAGGAGCUGCAAAGACUGGUUCUGGAAAGACAUUAGCAUUUUUAAUUCCCAUUCUGGAACUACUCUUCUGUAAAAAAUGGACACGGCUAGAUGGUGUUGGAGCAAUUGUAAUCUCACCCACAAGAGAAUUAGCCUAUCAAAUUUACGAAACACUUCGUAAAAUUGGACAUUUCCAUGAUUUUUCAGCAGGUUUAAUCAUUGGCGGUCAAAAUCUGAAAUUUGAAAAAAAAAGAAUGGACCAAAUAAAUAUACUUAUUUGCUCUCCAGGCCGAUUACUUCAGCAUAUGGAUGAAAAUCCCCUCUUUGAUUGUAGUAAUCUUCAAAUGCUUGUUUUGGAUGAGGCUGAUAGAUGUCUCGACAUGGGAUUUGAGACUGCUAUGAAUGCAAUUAUAGAAAAUUUGCCUCCAAAAAGACAGACCUUAUUGUUCUCAGCUACACAAACAAAAUCAGUUAAAGAUUUAGCUAGACUUAGUCUAUCAUUUCCAACAUAUGUGGCCCCACAUGAACAGGCUGAUACUGUCACACCAGAAUCUCUUCAACAAAGUUUUAUUGUCUGUGAGAUUGAUGAGAAAUUGGGUAUACUAUGGUCAUUUAUUAAAAAUCACUUGAAACAAAAGGUUCUUGUUUUUAUGGCAACAUGUAAACAAGUGAAAUAUACAUAUGAAUUGUUUUGUAAAUUAAGGCCAGGAGUUAGUUUGUUAGCUCUUUAUGGCACACUUCACCAGGAAAAAAGAGAAAGAAUCUAUCAAGAAUUCUGUAGAAAAUCAAAUGUUGUGCUAUUUGCAACAGAUUUGGCUUCUAGAGGUUUAGAUUUUCCUAGAGUUAAUUGGGUUAUACAAUAUGAUUGCCCUGAAAAUGUAGAAACUUAUAUUCACAGAGCAGGCAGGACAGCUAGAGGUGUAUUUGGUAAAGGAGAAGGUUUAUUAAUGUUGUUGCCAACUGAAGAAAGAAUUGUAGAAGACCUCAAUAAUAGUAAAAUUCCUAUUAACAAAAUAUCAGUAGAUCCCUCAAAGCUUAUGUCACCCCAACGAAAAAUAGAAGCUCUACUUUCAGAUAAUACAGACCUAAAGCAAACAGCACAGAGAGCUUUUGUAAGUUAUUUAAAAUCUGUGUUUCUUAUGAAGAACAAAGACAUAUUUAAUGUCCAUUGUCUAGACACUGAUGCAUAUGCUAAGUCACUUGGCUUGAUUAUUCCACCAAGAAUAAGAUUUUUGCAAAAUAUCCAGAAGAAUAAAGCUCUUCAUGAUAAUCUAAAGCAAACAGAAAAUGCUUUUAUGAUUGAAAAAUUAAAAACAAAAACAGGAAAUGAUACACCUGCAAGUGAUACAGAAGAUAAAAUUGACCUAGGAAAACCCAAAGUGGUAUCAAAUAAGAAGGAAGUCCAUACAUUUAGUUUUUAUAAUGAGGCAGAUAGUGAUGAAGAUGACUUUCUUUAUGUUAAGAAAAAAGAUGUAGAUAUUGAACCAGUCAGUAUUGUGGAUGUCAAACCUUCUAAGAAAAAGAAGCCCAUUACAAAAGCUGCAGUAGCUAAAAAAAUUCUUAAAAAGAAAAUAAAAGUUAACACAACUAUAAAAUUCACUGAUGAUGGUGAAGCUAUAGAUGACGAGAAAAAAGAUGUUAAAUCAGAAUUAGCUAAGCAAUUUGAGAAUGAAGAUGUUGGUGGAAUUGAUAUAGAAAAAGCCAAAGAAGUUUUACAAGAAGAAGAUAAGUUUGACAAAAUGAGAUUUAGAGAAAAGGUCAAAGCAAAGCAUAAAGAACAGAAAAGGAAAUUGAAAAGCAAGAAAAAAGAGGAUGGUGAGAAAGAUGAUUUUGGAUCUGAGACAGACUCUGAUGGACCUGACCUUUCUUGGCUACCUGAUCCAGACAAAGUCUAUGAGCCAAAACAUGACAGCGAUAGCAAAAUAUUAUCUUCUCAAUCUGAAGAUGACUCACUGUCUAGUGCAUCAGAAGAUGAAAAAUAUCAUAGGCCUACAAAGCGAAAGCUCAUGGAGAACAAAGGCAUAGUUCAAGAAAGUGUAAUUCCUAGAAAACUAAGAAAACUUGAAGAUAUAUCAGCAUCUCUGUCUGUUAGUGAAGCAGAAUUACUCGCUAUGCAGUUGCUUAAAGCAAAAAAGUAA